AUGUCAGCCCAGGAGCAGAGCCUGACGCGGGCGGCGGCGGAGCAGCAGCCGGAGCAGCCACAGCCGCCGCCGCCGCCACAACUCCCUCAGCCAGGAGUUCCCCCCACGGCCGCCGCCGCCACAGACAAAAGACCUCGGGGCCGGCCUCGCAAAGAUGGCGCUUCCCCUUUCCAGAGAGUCAGAAAGAAGCCUCGGAGUAGAGGAAAGCCUGCAGUGGAGGAUGAAGACAGCAUGGAUGGGUUGGAGGCAGCAGAAACAGAAAACACUGUGGAAACCGAAGUUAAAGAACAGUCUUCAGAGGAGGAUGCCCAAACUGAAGUGGGUGGCAACAAGAAGCUAACACCAAUUCUUCAGCGCUCCGUGUCUGAGGAAUCUGCAAGCUCCGUUGCCUCAAUUGGCGUUGAAGCAAAAACCAGCAGAGAACAUCUCUGCGUCUUUUGUUACUGUGGGGAACGAAGCUCAUUAGGACAAGGAGAACUUAAACAAUUCAGUCCAACACCAGAGUUUAUCACUCCAUGGAACAACCAGGCUUUAAAGAAGAGUGAAACUGGGGAAGGCAACGAUAGCAUUUCUGAGAGUACUCCAAGGCAGAACUCGGUCCCACGCAAAUCAAGAGGACAAAAGAAGGAGAAGUCUCAUCAGAGUGUAACAUCAUGUACAAGUAUAAGCACUCAGACUACUCCUGAUGAUCAAGUAGUCAGAUUCUGGGAUGAACUUAAAAUGGUUGGCCUACCAGAUGACAUUGAUGUCCAAGCCUUAUUUGAGCCAACAGGUCACUGCUGGGCUCAUCACCGCUGUGCGGAAUGGUCACUGGGAGCAUGCCAGACCGAAGAGUCGCUACCAGUGAAUGUGGACAAAGCCGUUGUCUCAGGGAGCACAAAACAAUGUGCAUAUUGCAAGCACCUUGGAGCCACUAUCAAAUGCUGUGAAGAGAAAUGCACCCAGAUCUACCAUUACCCAUGUGCUGCUGGAGCAGGCACUUUUCAGGAUUUUAGUCACUUCUCCCUUCUUUGCCCAGACCACAUUGAUCAGGCUCCACAAAGAUCAAAGGAAGAAGCAAAUUGUGCAUUGUGUGAUAGCCCUGGAGACCUCCUAGAUCAACUUUUUUGUACUACCUGUGGCCAGCAUUACCAUGGGAUGUGCCUGGAUAUCCAAGUGACACCUAUCAAACGGGCAGGUUGGCAGUGUCCUGACUGCAAAGUGUGCCAGAACUGCAAGCAUUCCGGAGAAGACAACAAGAUGCUUGUGUGUGAUACAUGUGACAAAGGGUAUCACACCUUUUGUUUACAACCAGUUAUGGACUCUGUACCAACAAAUGGCUGGAAAUGCAAAAACUGCAGGAUAUGCGCAGAAUGUGGCACACGUACUAGUAGUCAGUGGCAUCACAACUGCCUUAUGUGUGACAGUUGUUACCAUCAGCAUGACAACCUACCUUGUCCUUUCUGUGAAAAAUCAUCCCAUCCAGACUUGCAAAAAGACAAGCUGCGUUGCCAUAUGUGCAAAAGGUGGAUUCACAUAGAAUGUGAUAAACCUCCUGAUAAUGACCUGGAUGCUCAGUUAAAAGAAUACAUCUGCAGUCUCUGCAAACAUUCAGAAGCGGAAGAAGUCCAUUCACAACCAUGUGAUAUAAUGGAGACUGCCCAACUGCUUCCUGAAGCUGGUACAAUUUGUGCAGAUGAAAUGGAAACAGAAGAUGGUGCUGAUGAUGUGGCAAACAAGGACCAGCCAAUAAUGGACAGCAGUCUUGCCCAAGAGUCAGCCAUUGGAUGCAUCACAGAUGGCAUCUCAGUAGACAAAAAGAGUGGUGAACUGGAAAAACAAGUUUCUGAUCAUUUUGGUGCUGAUGAAAUGGAACCAUCAUCUAAAAAGAGUCCCAUGCUUGAUGAUAAUUGCACUGACAAAGAGAUGGAAGUCGCUGAAAGUAUUCCAGAUACAGUACAGCAAGUAUCAGACAAGGAAGCAGAGGAAACAAAGCCAUCACAGGACAGCACUGAGGGAUUAGAAGUGUCCACGGAGGAACGCCAGCUUCCACCUGUGAUACCCGACACCAUAGCUAAGAUGCCAGAAACCUUCAUUUUGGUGAACAAAGAGAGACCCUCCUUCAGAAAAGAAGAGCAAUUAGAAGUGAGGAUAGCUCCAGAAAAUGCAGAAGGAGGUAAUACCCCUGAAAAUUAUGAAACAUCAUCUCUUCCUGCAAGUGAAAGUUGUGCAAUGGACAGUUCGCCAUCAGGAGAGAAAUAUUUAAAAUCACCAGCUGAGACAUAUUCUUCAUUCCCAUCUUCUGUUGAAAUAAACAAGACCAGUGUGUCUUCCUCACCAGCAGCUUCAUUAGAGUUAGGAUCUUCGCAUGACAUGAUGCGCAGUCAAACUUCAUCGCUAGAAUCCUCAGCAGCUCUUCCAGCGACAUAUGUAUCUUUCACUCCAAAAAUCGGCAUGGGAAAACCAGCUAUCACCAAAAGGAAGUUUUCUCCUGGAAGGCCAAGAUCAAGACAGGGGAUUUGGAGUACCCAUAAUACACUGAGCCCACCUUCCUGGUCCCCAGACAUUUCAGAAGGUCGGGAAACUUUUAAAUCCAGACCGCUAUCUGGCAGUGCCAUGUGGAGCAUCAAAGUGGGUCGUGGAUCAGGGUUCCCUGGAAAGCGGAGACCACGUGGUGCAGGCCUUUCUGGAAGAGGCGGAAGAGGGAGGUCAAAACUGAAGAAUGGAAUUGGGUCUGUUCUUACUCCAGGGGUCAUGGAUAUGGAUACUUUCUCUAGCAAAGACGAGGAAGAAAAUUCAAUGCACAAUACCGUUGUACUGUUUUCCAGCAGUGACAAGUUUACUUUGCAGCAGGAUAUGUGUGUCGUUUGUGGGAGUUUCGGCCAGGGUGCAGAAGGCCGGUUGCUUGCCUGCUCCCAGUGUGGUCAGUGUUAUCACCCCUACUGUGUCAGUAUUAAAAUUACGAAAGUGGUGCUCCACAAAGGCUGGAGGUGCCUGGAGUGCACCGUAUGUGAAGCCUGCGGGAAGGCUACCGACCCAGGACGGCUGCUUCUUUGUGAUGACUGCGAUAUCAGCUAUCACACGUACUGCCUAGACCCGCCCUUGCAGACAGUCCCCAAAGGAGGAUGGAAAUGCAAAUGGUGUGUUUGGUGCAGACACUGUGGAGCGACUUCUCCUGGCUUAAGAUGUGAAUGGCAGAAUAAUUACACACAGUGUGCUCCCUGUGCAAGUUUAUCUACCUGUCCAGUCUGCUGCUGCAAUUACAGAGAAGAAGAGCUUAUUCUGCAGUGCAGGCAGUGUGACAGGUGGAUGCAUGCAGUCUGUCAAAACUUAAACACAGAAGAAGAAGUAGAGAGCACAGCUGACAGUGGUUUUGACUGUUCCAUGUGUAGGCCGUAUAUUCCACUAGCAAAUGUGCCUUCCUCUGAAUGCUGUGAAUCAUCAGUUGCAGCCCAAAUUGUAACAAAGGCAAAGGAACUUGACCCACCGAAGACGUACACUCAGGAUGGAGUCUGCUUGACGGAAGUGGGGCUGUCUCAGUUACAGAGCCUCAGUGCUGUCAUACCAAGAAGAAAACGGACAAAGCCAAAGCUCAAGUUGAAAAUUAUAAACCAGAAUAGCGUGGCUGUACUCCAGACCCCGCCUGAUAUACAAUCAGAACACUCACGGGAUGGCGAGAUGGAUGACAGCAGAGAAGGAGACCUCAUGGACUGCGAAGGAAAAUCAGACACUAGCCCUGAACGGGAGCCUGCAGAGGAUGAUCCUAAGGGGGUAGAAGGAACAGAUGCGAUCAAGAAGAGAAAAAGAAAACCAUACAGACCAGGCAUUGGUGGAUUUAUGGUGCGCCAGAGAAGUCGUACAGGGCAAGGGAAAACAAAGCGAUCUCUCUCCAGGAAAGAUUCCUCUGGCUCCGUAUCUGAGCAGAUGCCCAACAGAGAGGAAAGCUGGAGUGAACAGCUGCCAGAUACACCAGUGGAUGAAUCUGCUCCUGCUUCUGAAAAUACAGAGAAAAUUAAAAAACGUUACAGGAAAAAGAAGAACAAACUUGAAGAAACCUUUCCAGUGUACUUGCAGGAAGCAUUCUUUGGAAAAGACCUUCUAGACACCAGUAGGCAAAUUAAACCAAGUUUAGAUAAUUUAUCAGAAGAAAGCCUUAACAUUUCAUGCAAAGUUAAUUUGAAUACAAGCUUCUUAAAUCCGUCUUCAGACCUGCUGCUCAGUUCAGCUUCUACUCCAGCUCCAUCCAAACUUGGAACGCAAGGUACCUCUGACGAUCCUUUAGCAGCCCUUUCAGAUGUGUUGAACACUGAUGAGGAUAUUCUUGGAAUACUUUCUGAUGAUUUGGUGAAAUCUGAGGAACAUUCAGGUCUUGAUUUAUGCACUUUCCAGGUUGAGAACUCAUCUUCCCCGUUUGCUGGACUAGACAUUGGGCCCAUCUCCGAUGAUCCCUCCUCUUUGCCUCCACAAUGUGUUGGUCAGGCCGCAAGGCCUUUGAGUGAAGAACAACUAGAUGGAAUCCUCAGCCCUGAACUGGACAAGAUGGUCACAGAUGGUGCAAUUCUUGGUAAACUGUACAAGAUCCCAGAGCUGGAAGGAAAGGACGUUGAAGAAUUGUUCACUGCUGUACUGAGUCCCGCAGCCAGCCAAUCAGCUCCUUUGCCACAGGCCCCACCUCCACCUCCACCACAGCUACUACAUUUGCACAAUCAAGGAGAGAAUGUGUUUUCAAGAGUUCCGCUUAUGAAUGGCUUGAUCGGACCAGCCCCCCAUCUCUCUCAUCCCCCCUUGGUUCCUGGAGGUGGAUUAGGCACUUUUCCUACCAUAGCACAACCAUCAUAUACAGAUACUAGGGAUAAGAACACAACAUUUAAUGCAGUGAUGAAUGAUACUACCAGUUCUUGGGUCCCAUCUGCUGCCCCACUGGAAGGUGAGAGUGAUACCAUGUCUAAUGCACAGAGGAGCACACUGAAAUGGGAGAAAGAGGAAGCACUUGGUGAAAUGGCAACAGUGGCACCUGUUUUGUACACAAAUAUAAAUUUUCCAAACCUCAAAGAAGAGUUUCCAGACUGGGCAACUAGAGUGAAGCAGAUUGCUAAACUGUGGAGAAAAGCAAGCUCGCAGGAAAGAGCUCCAUAUGUGCAAAAAGCCAGAGAUAAUAGAGCAGCUCUGCGAAUCAACAAAGUGCAGAUGUCAAAUGAUUCCAUGAAAAGGCAGCAGCAACAGGAUAGCAUCGAUCCAAGUGCUCGUAUUGACUCUGAACUCUUUAAGGACCCAUUAAAGCAGAGGGAAUCGGAGCAUGAGCAAGAAUGGAAGUUUAGACAGCAAAUGCGUCAGAAAAGUAAGCAGCAAGCUAAAAUCGAAGCCACCCAGAAGCUUGAGCAAGUAAAAAAUGAGCAGCAGCAACUACAGCAACAACUUGGGUCUCAACAGCUUUUGAACCAGUCAGGUUCAGACACACCCAGCAGUGGGAUGCAGAGUCCCUUGACCCCUCAGACCAGCAACGGAAGUAUGUCUCCUGCACAACAGACAUUCCACAAAGACUUAUUUACAAAACAGUUGCCUGGUACCCCGACUUCCACCCCUUCUGAUGUAUUCCUAAAGCCACAACCUCCUCCUCCACCUGCGACACCAAAUAGAAUGCCUGUUCAAGAUGCACAUUCUCAGGCUCCCUUCCCCCCUAACUCCACUAACACUAGGCCGCCUUCUCCAGUUGACCCAUAUGCAAAAAUGGUGGGAACGCCCAGGCCACCACCUGUUAACCAAAAUCAAAACUUUGUCAGAAGAAAUUCUGUUACAUCAACAGAUGUCCGUCCACCCCCAUCGCCCAUAUCCCGGCCAGCUCAGGUAUCCGAAUCAACGGGAAGCCGGCCAUCACCAGUCAGAGAUUCAUGCUCUUUGUCUCCAGUCAGCAGCGACCCUUAUGCAAAACCUCCAGAUACACCCAGGCCUGUAGUGGCAACAGAACCAUUCUCCAAACCUUUGGGGCUACCGAGAUCACCUCUAAUUGCAGAACAACCAGGGAAACCUUCUCUAACAGCAACAAACAAUGAUCCAUUCAUGAAGCCACCUCCCAGAACAGAUGCAUUUCAAAGGCCUCGAAUGUCUCCUGCUGAUUCGUAUGUACGGGCACCACUGGCUCCAGCAUCUGUUGCUGAGGGAAGCCCUGGUACAUUUAAGACUCCAAUGCGCCCUCCUCAAUCCCCACAAGAUCCUUAUGCCUCAAUGCCCUCCACCCCAAGACGCAUGAGCGUCGAUCCCUACGAACGGCCUGUGUUGACACCGAGGCCCGCGGAUAGCUUUUCACAUAACCCUUCUAAUGACUUAUACAGUCAACCCCCUCUGACUCCCCACACAGCAAUAAAAGACACCUUCGCCCAUCCUCAGAGAGUAGUGCGAAACCAGAGUGAUUCUUUUUCUCAGUCUGGAACUAUUUUAAGGGGAAGUGCUCAGGACCCUUAUGCCCAGCCUCCAGGUACUCCUCGACCAGUAUCAGAUCCUUAUGCCCAGCCUCCAGGUACGCCACUCCCAGUCUCGAACCCUUACGCCCAGCCUCUGGGUACACCACGCCCAGUCUCGGAUCCUUACGCGCAACCUCCGGGUACCCCACGCCCAGUCUCGGACCCUUAUGCUCAGCCUCCAGGUACUCCUCGGCCCUCUACUGUUGAUCCAUAUAUGCAUCAGCCAUCUACCCCAAGACCUGCACAGGCAGCAGACUUAUUUGCUCAGGUUUCAGCUAAUCAAAGACAUUCUGACCCCUAUGUCCAGCCUCCCGGGACACCGAGACCAGUUAGUAAUGACCCCUAUUCUCAGCCACCAGCAGCUCCAAGGCCUGGAAUAUCAGAAACUUACAGUAGACCAGCUGCCAUGCCAAACCGAGAUCCUUAUCUACAGGUGUCACAGAAUAGGACUUUACCUGGGACUUUUGUAAGGCCACCUGAUCCGUGUACUCAGCCUCCAAGGACGUCGGGAUCUGCUGUGACGGAUUCUUUCAGCCACGCUUCAGCAACGCCGUCGUGUGACCCUUACGAUCAGCCUCCUCUGACUCCAAGACCUCAGCCAGAAACCUUUGGAAGUGCUCAGCUUCCCCAUGAUGUUGUAGAUCAGCCAAGAUCUGGAGCUGAGGGGAGCUUCAGUGCAUCUGCAAACUCUUCCAUGAGCUCACAGGGGCAACAGUUUCCCCAGACCUCUCAAGUUCCUGGCCCAGUACCAACAACAGGAGCAACAAAUACACCGAGCACAAUGUCCCAGGUAGAUGCAGAGAAGUUAAGACAGCGCCAGAAAUUACGUGAAAUCAUUCUGCAGCAGCAGCAACAAAAGAAGAACGCGGCGCGUCAAGAAAAAACACCACAGCAGCCUGUCACAACACCUCAUGCAGCUCCUGUUCAGCAAUGGCAGCAAGAAAACCUGAGCCAGGUUUUCAACCGGCCUCCUCCACCCUACCCUGGCAAUGUUAGGUCAUCCAUGGUCCCACCUGGGGGCUUAAGGUUCCCGGGGUUUGCUGUUGAUGGACAAUUUAAUAGACCCCAGUUUCCAGGAGAUCUGGGUGGCAUGGGAGUGAGGCCUCAUGGAAUCAGAUUUGGUUUUUCUGGAGGUGGUCGUGGUCCUCCACCAUGUCAAGAACGUUUCCUUGGUCCUCCCCAACAAAUGCAACGCUCUGGAGUUCCACCACAGCUAAGAAGAUCCAUGUCUAUAGAUAUGCCUAGGCUACCCAACAAGCCACAAAUGGGUAACCCUAUCGGACUGUCUCAGCAUUUUCCACCACAAGGUAUUCAGGUUCAACAACACAAUAUAAUGGGCCAGGCAUUUAUUGAGCUGUGUCACAGAGCACCUGAAGGCAGACCAAGGCUUCCGUUUAAUUCCUCAUCAGCUACUGGUAUAAGCCCAGCUCCCCAGCACCAGCAACGUCCAGGGUUUUUACCUCGGCAGGACUGCCCGGGCUUAAGACAGUUGGAUCCAGCAAGACACAACCCUCAAGGCUUGAACAACCCAUUGCACGUUUCAGCAAGCUUAGAACCUUUACCAGCAUCUCAGCAAGGUGCUGUGAAUCCCAAUUCCGUGCUAGUAAUGUGCCCUUUGAAUCACCCACCAGUUGAUGAGGCUUUUUCAGGAGCUCCUUUGCCGGCAUCCACAUCUGCUGAGGCAACAAAGGGUUUACAGAUUCCCACCCAGCACACCGAUGGGUUAGAAGAAAAGCUCGAUCCUGAUGAUCCCUCUGUGAAAGAUUUAGAUGUCAAAGACCUCGAUGGUGUGGAGGUGAAGGAUUUAGUUGAUGAAGACCUUGAAAACCUAAAUCUAGACCCAGAGGAUGGGAAAGGAGAUGAGCUAGACACCUUAGCUAAUCUUGAAACUAACGACCGCCACCUUGAUGACCUCCUGAGGUCAGGAGAAUUUGACAUAAUUGCUUACACGGAUCCAGAACUUGAUCUGGGUGACAAAAAAAGUAUGUUUAAUGAGGAACUGGAUCUCAGCGUCCCUAUAGAUGAUCUACAGGGCAAAGCAGACGAUGCUCCGCCGAAGUCUCAAGAUAAUAAAGCUGCCAUUUCUGCAGACUUGCUCGCCCUUCAGAAAAAACCUGUUGAGGUCACUGAGAUUAAAACAGAAGUGCUGUCUCCAGAUACAUUAGAGGAAGCUAAACCUGAGAAUGAAAAAAGUGAUGGGAAUACGGCGUCCUCAAGCACUCCACUUCCCACUGAAACAGAAUUACCAGAUGGUGAGAAAAAGUCCACGGUCCUUUGUAAUGUGGAGCUACCAGACAAAGCAAGUACUAACGAGGAAACCACUGUGUCUAAUCCAGGUGCCGUUCAGGGUUCCGCUCCACCACCUGCUCAAAGCAUAACAAGCCCUUGCAAUAUUUCUGGAUCGACUCCAGUUCUUACAAGUUUGCUAGCUAACGAGAGUUCAGAAAACUCCGAUGUCAGGCCCCUGAACUCUCCACCUCACUCUUUGCCAGCAGCACAAGCCAACCCUGUUUCAGGUAUUCCACAGACUUUAAGGACACCUGCUGGUCAGACCAUGGAAAAUACAUUACCUCCUAAUGUGAACAUGGUUCCACAGAUAAGCCAUAAUUUCCCUCAAGGGACAGCGGUGAAUCCAGGCUUCAUCUCUGGCCAGCCGGUUAACCAUAACUUGGAGGCGGGGCAUCCCGGUAAUCAGACAGUGCCUGUCGUGAAUCGUCCCGGUCCCAGUGGGUUGCCUUCUUCUCAGCCGAUGAUGCUCCCUCAAACAUUAGGCCAGCAGCAAAACCGAGAGAGGCCUCUUCUGCUAGAGGAACAGCCUCUUCUGCUGCAGGAUUUGUUGGAUCAAGAAAGGCAAGAGCAGCAGCAGCAGCGACAGAUGCAGGCCAUGAUCCGCCAGCGCUCAGAACCAUUUUUCCCCAACAUCGAUUUUGAUGCAAUCACUGAUCCUAUAAUGAAAGCGAAAAUGGUGGCCCUUAAAGGGAUUAAUAAAGUCAUGGCACAGAACAAUAUGGGAAUGCCUCCAAUGGUCAUGAACAGAUUUGCCUUUAUGAGUCAGUCGGUUCCAGGAACACAAAGUGGUGAAGGCCAGAAUCUAGUACAGCAAGCAAUUACACAGGAUGGAAACCUAACACCUCAGAUGUCUAGACCAAACCCUCCAAAUUUUGGUCCUGGUUUUAUAAAUGAUUCACAUAGAAAGCAAUAUGAGGAAUGGCUGCAAGAGACACAGCAGUUACUUCAAAUGCAGCAGAAAUUCCUUGAAGACCAAAUUGGAGCACACAGAAAAUCAAAAAAAGCGCUCUCUGCAAAACAGCGUACUGCGAAAAAAGCUGGCCGAGAAUUCCCAGAGGAAGACGCAGAGCAGCUUAAGCAUGUUACGGAGCAGCAGAGUAUGGUUCAAAAGCAGCUGGAACAGAUACGAAAGCAACAAAAGGAGCACGCAGAACUCAUUGAAGAGUACCGAAUAAAGCAGCAACAGUGUGGCAUGGGCCCUCACGCCGUGAUACCCGGCAUGCCUUCCCAGCCCCCGAUGGUCCCGGGAGGAUCCCCACCCGCAGUGGGUCAGCAAAGCUUCCCGAUGGUACCACAACAGCUUCAGCAUCAGCAGCACACCGCUGGUGUUCCUGGGCAACCCAACCAACCUCGGGUGGCAAGCUUACCUGGGUGGCAGCCUCCCAAUGCUGCACCAACCCACAUCCCCCCCAACGCACCAAGGCUGCAGGCCCCACUGACACAGUUGCCCUUGAAUCCUGUGACGCCCGCUUCCGUGUCAGCUCCCGGGGCGAGCGUGCAGUCAGGGCCCCCGCCUCGUGUCGAGUUCGAUGACAACAACCCGUUCAGCGAAAGCUUCCAGGAGCGGGAACGGAAGGAGCGCUUGAGAGAGCAGCAGGAGAGGCAGAGGAUUCAGCUGAUGCAGGAGGUGGAUCGGCAAAGAGCUCUGCAGCAGAGAAUGGGAAUGGAGCAACAUGGCUCCAUGGGCUCAGACUUGAAUGCUAGGCCUUCCUUGUCCCAAGUAUCCUUCUUCAAUCCUGACCUGCCGUGCGAUUUCAUACAACCUCCACGGCCCCUUCAGCAGUCUCCACAGCAACAAAUAGGAUCCAUUUUGCAGCAAGGGCCAUUGAACAGUGCAUCCGCACCCAGCUUCCUACUCUGCAGCGAGCAACAAGCUGUGGGCUCUUCCCCUUUUGGACCUGAUCCACCCCCCGUCCCAGAUGGAAGUCCCACUUUCCAUUCUGUUAAACAAUCCCACGGAAGUGUCUCCGGGACUGGCUUCGGUCAGUACCCAGGUAGGCCCCUGCUGGCCCCUAGUUUGCCUGCAGCUUCUCCUGUAGCCGUCACCGGUUCCCCCUGCAGUCAGGACGCCGGCCUGUCCCUUGGAACCAACUGUCCCGGAGUGAGUCAGUCUCUCAUUCAGUUGUAUUCAGACAUCAUUCCGGAGGAGAAAGGCAAAAAGAAAAGAACAAGAAAAAAGAAAAAAGAGGACGAUGCGGAAUCAAUAAAUACCCCGUCGACACCACACUCGGAUAUAACGGCACCUUCAACACCGGUUGUUUCCGAUUCUGUCCCCACCCCGACAGUCAGCACGCCCGGUGAACUUUCGCGCCAUCCGGGGGAGGCAAAGGCCGAGGAGCUGCCAGGCUCAUCAACACCGAAUGCUGCAGAGAGUCAGUCUUCCUCGGAACCGAAAGGUCAGCUCUCCAGUAGCGAUUUGCCACAAAACAAAUUGCCCGAGCAAUCAAGCGUGAAGCCAGAGACAGACAAGGUCAAGGCAGAUGCUUCUGGGAGCAGUCAGGAAAUUAGACAGGAAAAGACAGCAGCUGAUCAAUUCCCUAGUCAAGCUGAGCCUAAGAUGGAGAAUCAAAGUGGCAUUAAAGAGGAAGAGGAUACAGCUUCAGGACUGGCUGCCCCUUUGCCAGAGGGUCAGGUGCAACCCACCAGCAUCCCUGCAGCAAAAGGCGAGUCGGGGAACGAACUCCUCAAGCACCUGCUGAAGAACAAAAAAUCUGCCUCUCUUCUCAAUCAGAAAUCAAAAAGCAGCUUCCAGUCAGAAGAGAGCACCGAGGACAGCAAAUUUGUGGGAAAACGGGACCUGGCUGAAGGCAGCAUGCAAUCCCUAGGAAAUCCAUUGCAGGGCACACUUGGAUGCGGCAACAGUCAGCUUCAAAGAGCAGAUUUAGGGCAUGAAAUGAAAAAGCAGCGAAACAAACGGGCUCAGAGGGCGGGUGAGAAGACAGCGCCUCGAUCUAAGAAGAGGAAAAAAGAGGAAGAAAAACAGGUUAUUUACCCUAAUGCUGACACGUUUAUGCAGUUAAAACAGCAACUUUCUUUGCUGCCUCUAAUGGAACCGAUAAUCGGCGUGAGUUUUGCCCACUUUCUGCCAUAUGGCAGUGGCCACCUGAAUAGUGGAAGUCGCCUUAUGGGAAGCUUCGGUAGCGCUACACUCGACGGGGUGUCAGAUUACUAUUCUCAGCUGAUUUACAAGCAGAACAACCUGAGCAAUCCUCCUACCCCUCCCGCCUCACUUCCUCCUACACCUCCACCUGUGGCUUGCCAAAAAAUGGUCAAUGGGUUUGCAACCACUGAGGAACUCGCUAGCAAGGCUGGAAUGUUAGGGGGACAUGAUGUGACCAAGGCUCUAGGACCCAAGCAGUUUCAGCUGCCCUUCAGACCUCAGGAUGACUUGUUAGCCAGAGCCAUGGCUCAGGGUCCUAAAAGCGUGGAUGUUCCUGCUUCCCUUCCAACCCCGCCUCAUAACAAUCAUGAAGAACUAAGGGUUCAAGAUCCUUGUGGCGAUAGAGACACUCCUGACAGUUUUGUUCCAUCUUCAUCUCCUGAGAGUGUCAUGGGCAUGGAAAUAAGUAGGUAUCCUGACCUGUCAGCUGUCAAGGAAGAGAUCCCGGAGCCUGUUCCAUCCCCUAUCAUUCCAAUCCUACCCACCAGUACUGGGAAGGGAUCAGAAGCAAAAAGGAAUUUUAUUAAAACAGAACCUGGCUCUGGCAUCUUUGGAUCUCAGCUCGGACCUUCCCCAAAUGGUCCAAAAUCAGGCCUUGUAUCUGUAGCAAUUACCUUGCAUCCCACAGCUGCAGAGAAUAUUGGCAAUGUAGUAGCUGCCUUUUCCAGCCUCCUGCAUGUCAGAAUUCCAAACAGUUACGAGGUCAGCAGUGCCCCAGAUGUCCCUUCUUCAGUGGGAAUGAUGAACACUCCCAGAGCAAAUCCAGCCUUCGGGUACAGACAGCAGCUGUUGCUUCACGGUCCCCAGCCAAGCACCAUAGGGUCUCUGGGAUUAAUGGGGCCUUAUGGACUCAAGCAGCCUAACAUGCCGUUUCCACCCAGUGGUCAUGGUUUGGCAGGUUAUAAGGCUCAGAGUCCCAGCGUGGCAGACGGUUCAGUGCUGAGGCCACAGUGGUGUUCCCACUGCAAAGUGGUGGUCCUGGGCAGUGGUGUGCGGAAGUCUUUCAAAGAUCCGCCUUUCCUGAAGCAGGAUUCCAGAGAGAGGUCUGAGAGAAUGGAGAGAGAUGUUGUCUUCUGUAGCAAUAACUGCUUUGUUCUCUACUCAGCAUCCAUGCAAGCAAAAAAUUCAGAGAGCAAGGAAUCGCUUCCUUCCUUGCCACAAUUCCCCAUGAAGGAGGCACCCCUCAAAGGGUUCCAUCAGUAUAACAACAACAUCUCCACCCUGGAUGUGCACUGUCUCCCGCAGCUCCAGGAAAAGGUCUCUCCACCAUCCUCUCCCCUUAUUACCUUCCCUCCCGCUUUUGAAGCAGCUCGGGUGGAGCCAAAACCGGAUGAGCUGAAGGUGACCGUGAAACUUAAACCCCGUUUGAGAACAAUACCCAACGGUCUCGAUGACUGCCGACCAUUAAAUAAGAAGUGGAAAGGAAUGAAGUGGAAGAAAUGGAACAUACAGAUUGUGAUUCCUAAAGGAACUUUCAGGCCUCCUUGUGAUGAGGAGAUAGAGGAGUUCCUCAGGAAACUGGGCACAACCAUUAAACCAGAUCCUGUGCCCAAGGACUACCGAAAGUGUUGCUUUUGUCACGAAGAGGGCGAUGGGCUAACAGAUGGACCAGCCAGGCUUCUUAACCUUGACUUAGACCUUUGGGUCCAUUUGAACUGUGCGCUUUGGUCUACAGAGGUCUACGAGACACAAGCUGGUGCCUUAAUAAAUGUGGAGCUGGCCCUCCGAAGGGGCUUGCAAAUGAAAUGCAUGUUCUGUCACAAGAUGGGCGCCACCAGCGGCUGUCACAGGUUAAGGUGCACCAAUAUUUAUCACUUUACCUGUGCCAUUAAAGCACAAUGCAUGUUUUUUAAAGACAAAACCAUGCUUUGCCCCAUGCACAAACCAAAGGGAACUCAUGAGCAAGAACUCAGCUAUUUUGCAGUCUUCAGGCGGGUCUAUGUCCAGCGUGACGAAGUCCGCCAGAUUGCCAGCAUUGUCCAGCGGGGGGAUCGAGAACACACCUUCAGGGUGGGGAGCCUGAUCUUCCACACUAUUGGCCAGCUGCUGCCACACCAGAUGCAGGCCUUCCACUCCUCCAAGGUGCUCUACCCUGUGGGCUAUGAGGCCAGCCGGUUAUACUGGAGUACCCGGUAUGCCAACCGCAGAUGUCGCUAUCUGUGUUCUAUCGAAGAGAAGGAUGGCCUUCCCCUUUUCGUGAUCAAGAUUACUGAGCAAGGUCAUGAAGAUGUAGUUCUUACCAACUCAACCCCAAAAGGUGUUUGGGAUAAAAUCCUGGAUCCUGUUGUGGCUGUAAGGAAGAGUUCUGAAAUGCUCCAGCUGUUUCCUGCAUAUCUGAAGGGCGAAGACCUCUUUGGUUUGACUGUCUCUGCAGUGGCAAGAAUAGCAGAAUCUCUUCCCGGGGUUGAGGCUUGUGAGAAUUACACCUUCCGCUAUGGCCGAAACCCCCUGAUGGAGCUGCCGCUGGCCAUCAACCCCACAGGCUGUGCCCGCUCUGAGCCGAAAAUGAGUACCCAUGUCAAGAGGUUUGUGUUAAGGCCUCAUACCCUGAAUAGCACCAGCACUUCAAAGUCGUUUCAGAGCACAGUUACCGGAGAACUGAAUGCACCUUACAGUAAACAGUUUGUUCAUUCAAAGUCCUCACAGUACCGCAAAAUGAAGACUGAAUGGAAAUCCAACGUGUAUUUGGCACGUUCGCGUAUUCAGGGCCUGGGCUUAUAUGCUGCUAGAGACAUUGAAAAGCACACCAUGGUCAUUGAAUAUAUUGGAACCAUCAUCCGCAAUGAGGUGGCUAACAGGAAAGAGAAGCUGUAUGAAUCUCAGAAUCGUGGAGUGUACAUGUUCCGCAUUGACAAUGACCAUGUCAUCGAUGCCACACUGACGGGAGGUCCUGCAAGGUAUAUUAACCAUUCCUGUGCACCAAACUGUGUGGCUGAGGUGGUAACCUUUGAAAGGGGACAUAAGAUUAUCAUCAGCUCCAGCAGAAGAAUCCAGAAAGGAGAAGAGCUCUGUUAUGACUAUAAGUUUGAUUUUGAAGACGACCAGCACAAGAUUCCAUGUCACUGUGGAGCUGUAAACUGCCGAAAAUGGAUGAACUAGAUGCAUUCCUUGCUG